ACAAGCUCUCUCCGUGUUUGUUCAACGUAACAUAGACCAAAGCGCAGUUCCCGCUCCCCGCUCCCGGUUCUGGCUGGCUCGCGCCCCCUCCUCCCGGGCCGGGCACCCGCUGAGUCCGUGGCCAGCGGCGCGUGGUGUCCCGCUGCUGGCUCAGCUCAGUCCCCAAACGGCGCGCGCCCAGACCCUGCACCGGGAAGGCGGUGGCGACCCCGGGACAGCCAACCCCCACCCCGGCCGGCCCGCGCGGCCCCGGUCCACCCCCAGCCCCGCCGGGCGCCGCACUGGGCAUGCUCCGUAGCCCGGGCAGGUUGGGGCUGCGAGGCGACGGCUUGGGCUCCAGAGGCAGCGUCGCGGCCGGGAGCAGGGGCGGCGGGCCCGGGGCCGCACGGGGCCCGGCUCGGCGGGAGCGGCGGGAGGGCGGCGCCCUGGGCAGCGGGCGGCCGAGGAGCCUGCUGGCUAGUUUCUUUGUGUGUGCUGUCAACUACCUGAGAGGAUUCUCGGCACAGCAGCCUGGGGACUGUGCACAGGGUUUGAUCCGGUAGACCUCCCUUGCUGCUGCUCCCAGCUGCCUGGUCUUGAAUACCAUCAUGGCCAAACCUUAUGAAUUCAACUGGCAGAAGGAAGUGCCCUCUUUCUUGCAAGAAGGAGCAGUUUUUGACAGAUAUGAAGAGGAAUCUUUCGUGUUUGAGCCCAACUGCCUCUUCAAAGUGGAUGAAUUCGGCUUCUUCCUGACGUGGAAGAGUGAAGGCAAGGAAGGACAAGUGCUAGAAUGUUCCCUCAUCAACAGUAUUCGCCAGGCAGCCAUACCAAAGGAUCCCAAAAUCCUGGCUGCUCUCGAAACUGUUGGAAAAUCUGAAAAUGAUCUGGAAGGGCGGAUAUUGUGUGUCUGCAGCGGCACGGAUCUGGUGAAUAUCAGCUUCACUUACAUGGUGGCUGAAAAUCCAGAAGUAACGAAGCAAUGGGUAGAAGGCCUGAGAUCAAUCAUUCACAACUUCAGGGCAAACAACGUCAGUCCGAUGACAUGCCUCAAGAAACACUGGAUGAAACUGGCCUUUCUGACCAACACAACUGGGAAAAUCCCAGUGAGGGGCAUCACUAGAACCUUUGCAUCGGGGAAAACAGAAAAGGUGAUCUUUCAAGCCCUCAAGGAAUUAGGUCUUCCCAGUGGAAAGAAUGAUGAAAUUGAGCCUGCUGCAUUUACUUAUGAAAAGUUCUAUGAACUGACACAAAAGAUUUGUCCUCGGACAGAUAUAGAAGAUCUUUUUAAAAAAAUCAAUGGAGACAAAACUGAUUAUUUAACGGUAGACCAAUUAGUGAGCUUUCUAAACGAACAUCAGCGAGAUCCUCGGCUGAAUGAAAUUUUAUUCCCAUUUUACGAUGCUAAAAGAGCAAUGCAGAUCAUUGAGAUGUAUGAACCUGAUGAAGAGCUGAAGAAAAAAGGCCUCAUAUCCAGUGAUGGAUUCUGCAGAUAUCUGAUGUCAGAUGAAAAUGCCCCGGUCUUCCUAGAUCGCUUAGAGCUUUACCAGGAGAUGGACCACCCCCUGGCUCAUUACUUCAUCAGCUCCUCCCACAACACCUAUCUCACCGGCCGGCAAUUUGGAGGAAAGUCUUCCGUGGAAAUGUACAGACAAGUUCUCUUGGCUGGUUGCAGGUGUGUUGAACUAGACUGUUGGGAUGGAAAAGGUGAAGAUCAGGAACCGAUAAUAACUCACGGAAAAGCGAUGUGUACAGACAUCCUUUUUAAGGAUGUAAUCCAAGCCAUCAAGGAAACGGCGUUCGUCACAUCAGAAUAUCCUGUCAUUCUCUCCUUUGAAAACCACUGCAGCAAAUAUCAACAGUACAAGAUGUCCAAGUAUUGUGAAGAUCUAUUUGGGGAUCUCCUGUUGAAACAAGCACUUGAGUCGCAUCCACUUGAACCAGGAAGGCCCUUGCCGUCUCCUAAUGACCUCAAAAGAAAAAUACUCAUCAAGAAUAAAAGGCUGAAGCCUGAAGUUGAAAAGAAACAGCUUGAAGCUUUGAAAAGCAUGAUGGAAGCUGGAGAGUCUGCAGCCCCUGCUAGCAUCUUGGAAGACGACAAUGAAGAGGAAAUAGAAAGUGCAGCUGAUCAAGAGGAAGAAGCCCACCCUGAAUACAAAUUUGGAAAUGAACUUUCUGCCGAUGACUACAGUCACAAGGAAGCGGUUGCAAACAGCGUCAAGAAGACCUCAGAUGACCUUGAACAUGAAAACAACAAAAAGGGCCUGGUCACCGUAGAGGACGAGCAAGCAUGGAUGGCAUCUUAUAAAUACGUAGGUGCUACCACAAACAUCCAUCCGUACUUGUCCACGAUGAUCAACUAUGCACAGCCUGUGAAGUUUCAAGGUUUCCACGUGGCUGAAGAGCGCAAUAUUCACUAUAACAUGUCUUCUUUUAACGAGUCGGUUGGCCUUGGCUACUUGAAGACGCAUGCAAUUGAGUUUGUAAACUACAAUAAGCGGCAAAUGAGCCGCAUUUACCCCAAGGGAGGCCGAGUUGAUUCCAGUAAUUACAUGCCUCAGAUUUUCUGGAACGCUGGUUGCCAGAUGGUUUCACUGAACUAUCAAACCCCAGAUUUAGCGAUGCAAUUGAAUCAAGGAAAAUUUGAGUAUAAUGGAUCGUGCGGGUACCUUCUCAAGCCAGAUUUCAUGAGGCGGCCUGACCGGACAUUUGACCCCUUCUCUGAAACCCCUGUGGACGGGGUUAUUGCAGCCACAUGCUCAGUACAGGUGAUAUCAGGGCAGUUCCUCUCAGAUAAGAAGAUCGGGACAUACGUGGAAGUUGAUAUGUAUGGGCUGCCCACCGACACCAUACGGAAAGAGUUCCGAACCCGCAUGGUUAUGAACAAUGGACUCAACCCAGUGUAUAAUGAAGAAUCAUUCGUGUUUCGGAAGGUGAUCCUGCCUGACCUAGCUGUCCUGAGAAUCGCUGUCUACGAUGACAACAACAAGCUGAUUGGCCAGAGGAUCCUUCCUUUGGAUGGUCUCCAAGCAGGCUACCGACACAUCUCCCUGAGAAAUGAGGGAAACAAACCAUUAUCACUGCCAACAAUUUUCUGCAAUAUUGUUCUUAAAACAUAUGUGCCUGAUGGAUUUGGAGAUAUUGUAGAUGCUUUAUCCGAUCCAAAGAAAUUUCUUUCCAUCACAGAGAAGAGAGCAGACCAAAUGAGAGCAAUGGGCAUUGAAACGAGUGACAUAGCAGAUGUGCCCAGUGAUACUUCCAAAAAUGACAAGAAAGGCAAAGCCAACCCAGCCAAAGCGAACGUGACCCCUCAGAGCAGCUCUGAGCUCAGACCAACCACCACAGCCGCCCUGGGCUCUGGCCAGGAAGCCAAGAAAGGUAUUGAACUUAUCCCUCAAGUGAGGAUAGAAGAUUUAAAACAAAUGAAGGCUUACUUGAAGCAUUUAAAGAAACAACAGAAGGAGUUAAACUCUCUAAAGAAGAAGCAUGCAAAGGAGCACAGUACCAUGCAGAAGUUACACUGCACACAAGUUGACAAAAUUGUGGCCCAGUAUGACAAAGAGAAGUCGACUCAUGAGAAAAUCCUAGAGAAAGCGAUGAAGAAGAAGGGGGGAAGUAAUUGUCUUGAAAUAAAAAAAGAAACAGAAAUUAAAAUUCAGACCUUGACAACGGAUCACAAAUCUAAGGUCAAAGAGAUUGUGGCCCAGCACACAAAGGAGUGGUCAGAAAUGAUCAACACUCACAGUGCGGAGGAGCAAGAAAUCCGGGAUCUGCACCUGAGCCAGCAGUGUGAGCUGCUGAGAAAGCUGCUCAUCAACGCUCACGAGCAGCAGACCCAACAGCUGAAACUCUCCCAUGACAGGGAAAGCAAGGAGAUGAGAGCCCAUCAGGCUAAGAUUUCUAUGGAAAAUAGCAAGGCCAUCAGUCAAGACAAAUCUAUCAAGAAUAAGGCAGAACGUGAAAGGCGAGUCAGGGAGUUGAACAGCAGCAACACUAAAAAGUUCCUAGAAGAAAGAAAGAGACUGGCGAUGAAGCAGUCGAAAGAAAUGGAUCAGUUGAAAAAGGUCCAGCUGGAGCACCUAGAAUUCCUAGAGAAACAGAACGAGCAGCUUUUGAAAUCCUGUCAUGCAGUGUCCCAAACACAAGGCGAAGGAGAUGCAGCAGAUGGUGAAAUUGGAAGCCGAGAUGGACCGCAGACCAGCAACAGUAGUAUGAAACUCCAGCAUGCAAACUGAAGCUGGAAGUCCAUGGAACCCCAGAAGGUCAUGCCCAGCUUCUGAACACAGACUCCACAGACAAAAGCUGUUUUCUUUUUGUUUCUUUUAUGUAUCGACACGGUGUUACCUGAAACCACAGGGACUGGGGAUGACCAAACGUUCUUAUAUUUAACAAUUUGAGUAUUAAAUUAUUGAAUUUCUUUGGCCAACCAAAAGUAGCUAUGAAGACACACACACACACAGAGAGAGAGAGAGAGAGAGAGAGAGAGAGAGAGAGAGAGAGAGAGAGAGAAGAAAUCCCCUAUUCCUGACAGGCAGAGUUGAAUCAUGAUACACAACUUAAACAUGUUUGCUAUGAGACAGCAACACAAGCCAGUGGGCUUGGUGAUAACAACUCUGCUUUGUGGUGCAUUAGGACAUGUUUGAGCUGCUGCAAAAAAAAAAAAAAAAAAAUUAGUGCAUUAGUAACUUAAUAGUAAGCGCAUGCACUAGAAGAAACAACACUGUCUACAGUUCAUUAGCAGAAGUGGCGGUCUGCUAUACAAAUCACUUUGCAGAAUUUUCUACACCUAAGUUACCUCAUCAGUAAGUGCCAUGUCUUUACCAUGCCAUAAGAUGCUAACUUCCUGUAAAUGUUGCAGAAAUCGUUAGGACAAUAGAGACACAAAACGGUGUAUCUGUGCCAAGCUCAUCAGUGCUCCUAGGGGGACUCGGCAGGCUCGUUUCAGAAAGUUUACAGCUGACACCGCUUUGCAGGAAUUGCUUCUGCCGAUUCCACAUAUUGCAAUUCACUGUACACUGUAAGGAUCGUCAAGUGGUUAUUGGCAAAUGUUUGUAAAUGUGACCAUGUACAAAGUAUUUAUACUCCUUAAUUCUCACGGUUAUAGCGCAAAAAUCAUCUAAACAUUACCACACGACAAGACUAGUAAACAGGAAUCAUAGACAUAAUGUUUUGCAUGAUGCACAAGCACCAAUUAUGACUAACCCAUUCAGACACAGUUAACCUAACACCAAAUAAAUACUGGUUAAGUAAAUGUAUGGCACAGAAUAUUAUUUGACUAUCAAGACUUUUAGCAUAAUGAAAAAGUCUAUAUAUAUGUGUAUAUGAAUUAUGUGGGCAUUCUUGAUACUUCAAGUUCUAGUUUGAAAAAAUACAUAACUAAUUUAAUUUUACACAAAAAUAUUUAUGCAGAUUUUCAGACUUUCAUAUCAGGAAAUUACCUUUUUAUGUCUGUUAAAUAUACAAACGAUUUGCUACCGUGUUAAUCUGCAUGGUCUUUUCGCCUGCUGUAGUUGCCUUGCAGGUGUCUCAUAAAGUGCACCGAUGGGAUGAAGUCAUGCUGCCCGAACCCAGAGGCGUGUGCGGGGACCUGGUAGCCUAACAAGAGUCAGAUUCCUGAUUUUAGAAUACAAGAUGCCAACUUUAUUGUUGUAUAUGGUUGUACAAAUAGACUCUGUGUGUUCCUCUGAAGAGGGCAGAGAAAAUUAUGAUUCCAUGAAGGCUAAAAUUCAAUGUACAACUUCUCUAAUAAAAAAAUGAAAACACA